UCGCGAUCACAUAUCCCCCCCACUUUCCCUCGAUUUGUUUCGCAUCCCACGCUUCCCUUUCUCCAUCAAUUCGAAAUCCCGAAUCCGUUUACGGCAAUUUUUCGCGAAGAAAAAUCUCCAGAAGAGCACACUAAGAUAUGGACGGGCAUGACUCAGAAAAGCAGAGCACUGCUGAUAUGACAGCUUUUGUGCAAAAUCUUCUUCAGCAGAUGCAAUCAAGGUUCCAGACUAUGUCAGAUUCCAUCAUUACAAAGAUUGAUGAGAUGGGCACCCGAAUCGAUGAACUUGAGCAGAGCAUCAACGAUCUUAAAAAUGAGAUGGGGAUAGAGGGCUCUCCAUCUCCUGCCCCUUCCAAGCAGAAGUCAGCUGAAGAUUCAGCUUGAAACAGUUCAAUGAGCAUAUGGUUGAAGGAUGUGGUGUUCUUGGGGUUUUUUUUUGGAAUUCGUACGACUGAGAGUAUGAUAAUACCUCUUUUUGUGUCUUUCUUUCUUUCCUGUGGCUUUAUGUUUCCUUUUUUCAUCAGACUGUCGCUUUUUGUUGAGCUGAGACCUUUUAUGACGUCCUCAUGUCUUACAAUCACAGUUUCUGAUGUAUUAAUUUAGAAGCAUAUAGAAGUUGAAAUCCUUUUUAGAUCCUCA